AUGACUGACUGGGCUGAAAAGAACCGCUCCCAUUUUGAUGAGCAAGCAUCAACCUACAACAGCAAAUUCCGCAACAGCAUCGAGCAGAUCACCCGAGCGAUCCAAGAACGCCUCGACUUCAUCGGCGUAGACUGGGUCGACCCCUCCUCCUCCUCCGAGGACGAAGCCGCCGCAUCAUCCUCCAAAGCCGCAUCCCCAAAAGAAAAGUCCAUCCGGCUUCUAGACUACGCAUGCGGCACCGGCAUGAUUUCCCGGGCCCUAGCUCCCUACAUAACCCAAAGCAUCGGGAUCGACAUCUCAUCCAGCAUGGUUGAAGAAUACAACAGCAGCGCUUCAAACCAAGGGCUCAGCGCCUCCGAGAUGCGCGCCUUCGUGGGGGAUCUGCUCUCCCCGAUCCCCAGCCCCUCCCUCUCACCCCCCGAAUUCCACGACUUCGACAUCGCCGCCGUCGGGCUCGGAUUCCACCACUUCACGGACCCGCGACUCGCAGCCUUGCGGCUCGCUGAGAGGUUGAAGAAGGGCGGCGUUCUGUUCAUCGUGGAUUUUCUGCCCCAUGAACAUGUGCAUGGACAUGCGGCUCACACCGUUGUGCAUAUGGGCUUCGAGGAGAAGGAUAUUAGAACCUGGUUUGAGGAGGCGGGCGUGGGUGCGGGCUUUAGGUAUGAGGUGCUUGGGAAAGGUAUGGUGGUUAUGCAUGAUGGGAGGGAGCAGAAAAGGAGUCUGUUUAUGGCGAGGGGGACGAAGAUGUAG